UCUCUCAAAUGGCCAUUUAUUCCUUUGGGCUUCCUUCAGAUGAAUUGAAGGAGGUCUGUGGAUAUGGAUGCCUGUUGUGGGAAAAAAAGUUUUCAACUAUUUAGUCCAGUUAAAUAAAGGAGAUUGAUGGAUUUACUCAGUCGGCACUUUAUUUACUUUGCAAAGUUAGCAGUAUCUGCACUCUCUGCUGACACUAACUGCCCGACCCGUUCCGGCAUAAGUGGAAGAAAUGACCUCUGAUCUCCGGAGCACUGAUAACAGCAAGAAGAGUCACUCCCAUCUACAGUACCAGGAAGUCAAGACGGAUAGCUGUUCCAGUAAAGCUUCAUGUGACACAUUAACUUUCUCUCAACUGACACACAAGUGAAAGAGCAUUUCAGAGAGAUCAGAUGGAUUCUGCAAAAUUAUCUUGUUGUAUUUGUUUGGAUAUCCUGAAGACCCCAGUGACUAUUCCCUGUGGACACAGCUAUUGUAUGAACUGCAUUAAAACUUACUGGGAUCAAGAGAAACGAAAAGGAGUCUUCAGCUGCCCUCAGUGCAGGGAAACCUUCACACCGAGGCCUGUCCUGGUCAAAAACAUUGUGUUAGCAGAUUUAGUGGAGGAUCUAAAGAAGACUGGACUCCAAGCUUCUCCAGCUGAUCACUGCUAUGCUGGACCUGAGGAUGUGGCCUGUGAUGUCUGCACUGGGAGGAAGAUGAAAGCUGUUAAGUCCUGUCUGGUCUGUAUGGCUUCUUAUUGUGAGAAUCACAUCCAGCCUCACUAUGCGUCAUUUGCUUUUCGGAAGCAUGAACUUGUUGAUGUUUUUUCAAAGCCCCAGCAGAAUAUUCACUCCCGUCAUGAUGAAGUAAGGAGGAUUUUAUUUAAUAAAUUUAAAACAGCUGUCCCGGCAGCAGCUGAAAGGACUGAGAAGCAGAAGGAGAUGGAGGCAAUGAAAAAAAGAAUCCACCAGAGAAUAGUGGACAGAAAGAUGAAUGUGAAGGUGCUUCAGAAGAAGAUGGAUGCCGUCAGUCUUUCUGCUGAUAAAGCAGUGGAGGACACUAAGGCAUCACCCUCCUCUUCCAUCAACAAGCCAAUUAAAAACAGGCCUUUAUCAAUGGAAACACCUCCUGACCCUGUUCCAGGUGUCUCUUCAGACAUGAAGAAAUUGCAGCCAAAAGAGGACAUGAUCAAAAACUUAAAAACAGACAAACUGGUACAAGAAAUCAAAUCCCCUCCAUUAAAGACGUGUGGGAAAUGUGGUAAGGCUCUGUCCAGCACUCAGCCAGCUCUUCAGGCCUUGGACAAAAUCUUCCACUCCAGUUGCUUCAGUUGUGUGAACUGCCAGCGCCCCCUGCAGGGCAUGCAGUUCUAUGACAAGGAAGGUUUACCACAAUGUAAACGUUGCUACACUAAAUGUCUGGCUGAUUGCUAUCGAUGUGGAGAGAAAAUCACUGGCCGCAUUCUGAAGGCUAUGGGAAAGUGUUUUCAUGUCCAUUGUUUCUUUUGUAGCACUUGUUCGUGCACGUUGGAAGGAGUCCCCUUUAUCACAGGGGAAGACAACAAGCCCUACUGUGUCCAGGAUUACCACAGGCGUUUCUCUCCUGUGUGUGAGAUAUGUAAAGAACCGAUUGUUCCAGGUCCAGGCAGUCAGAAAAUUAUGAAACUGGUAGUUUUUGACAAAAACUUCCACAUUCAGUGCUACCGAGCUUAGGAGCGUACUCACACUCUUUCACUUUUAGGUGAUAAAUGUCCAAGCUAUCUUUUUAAGGGCAGAAUUCUUUGCAUCAAGGGCUACAAUAGGAACGUCUAUUAAUGAUUGACUGCUCCACAAGUUUGAUUAACUUCAGUCUGUAGCUGUUUUCUCAAAGCUUUAUAUAAUACAUGUGUACAGGUGUGUUUGACUGCAGGUUAAGAGCAGCACUUUCUUUGGUCUUUUACCCUUUAAUUUAUUCCAGAGCAGGUUCUGUACUUAUU